AUGGAAGAACAGGCAGCGAGCAAGGAGCGGCUUCAGCGGGCGCCCUUCGAGACGGCGCUGCAUCACGCCGGGUACGGCUGCUUCCAAUGGCUUCUGCUGAUGUCCUGCGGCGCCAUCUACGCGGUGUGCGCGCUCAGCACCACGACCCUCAGCUUCGUGCUACCGGCAGCCGAGUGCGACUUCAUGCUGUCCUCUAGCGACAAGGGCAGGCUCACUGCCACACCGCUCAUCGGCAUGUGCGUGGGAUCGUACUUCUGGGGCAACCUAGCGGACGCGCGUGGUCGAAAGAAGGCGAUCGUAGGAGCCCUCCUACUUGAUGCACUAGCAGCUUUCCUCUCCAGUCUGGUGCAGUCUUUCCCAGCAUUUCUGGCCUGCAGGUUUUUCUCCGGAUUUGGCAUCAUUGGUGCCACGGGUCUCAUAUUCCCGUACUUUGGAGACUUCCUAUCCCUAAGGCACAGGGAUGUCAUGCUGUGCAGACUUGAAGUGUUCUGGACCUUUGGAACCAUCUUAUUGCCAGGAAUCGCCUGGCUCAUCAUCCAGGACCCUCGUUUCAACCUCACGGCACCGGAUGCUGAUUUCCAGUACACAUCUUGGCGUGUGUUCGUCGCUGCGUGCGGCAUACCAAGUCUGUUGGUAGUAUUGCUGAUAUUUCCAUUCCCCGAGAGCCCCAGAUAUCUCCUACACGCAAACAAGCCGGAGCAAGCGCUUCAAGUGCUGCAAAGGAUUUUCACUGUCAACACCAAGCUAGAACAGAAAGACUUCCCGGUGGAGUCCAUGAUCUGCGCUGGUGAUGAAGGUGAGGAGGAGGAGAUUGUGUCUGCAGACACUAACGGAAAUGAGACGAAGGCGCCCCUGACCUGGAGCAAGCGUUGGCACGCCUUUUGGGUCAGGAAGAAGUUGCUUGUCACUCCGCCGUACAUAGGCCUCCUAGUGCUGUGCUGCUUCGUUGAUUUCGGUCUGAUGUUCAGUUACUACACGCUGAUGAUGUGGUUUCCGGAUUUAUUUGAGAGGUUCAGCCAGUUCUCGUCGCUGUACCAGGGUGUUUCUGCCGGAGUCUGUGAGGUUUCCGCCAACGUCACUAGGAGCGAAAUAGAUGGUCGGCCAGACUGUCCGCAGAACAUCGACGACGACGACAAGGUAUACAUCCACACGUUGGUGGUGGCUCUCAGCUGCGUGCCCACGGCGCUGUGGGUAGGCCUCACCAUCAAUGUCGUCGGCAAGAAGCUUAUGCUAGUUAUGAUGCUGAUCAGCUCUGGGCUGGCAGCGUUGGGCUUGAACCUGGUGCGGUCUUCUUUGGAGAAUCUUCUGCUCUCCUGCGUAUUUGAGGCAAUCGUGAGCUGUACAGAGGCUGUACUGUUCUGCGUCAUUUGCGAGAUAUUCCCAACCAACGUAGCCGCAACAGCCAUGGCAGUGACGGUGAUGAGUGGACGCGUGGGCGCAAUCGUGGGCAACGUGGUGUUCGGCGCGCUAGUUGAUCAGCAUUGCACUGUUCCUAUAUACAUGUUCGGAACGUUGCUUAUAUCGAGCGGUUUGCUGUGCACAAUUCUGCCCAAGAGCACGAGACCAGAGCGGCCGCAG